AUGGCUUCAGAUAAACGUGUAUUUAGUCUCUUCUGCUGCUCGCAGCUUCGCCAGCUUCGAUACAUGGCGAGAAAAGGCGGGAACCUAGUCGGUAUUCUCGAUGUCCAUAUCCUGCAAGCGGAGAGAUUACCGAAUCGGUCCACGCUCGGGGCUCAAGAUGUGUACGCUAAGGUGCUGUGCGGUGAUCGCGACCCGCUCGGCCGCGUCGCACUCACCACGCGGGCGAUCAAAGGAGGAGGCACGGACCCAGUCUUCGAUCAACGGCUGCAGGUUGGGAUCCCCGAGCGUGCCACCGAGGUUAAAUGCGAGGUUUGGUUCGCAAGCCACCACCGAGGCACCACGGAGGACCAGCUGCUCGCGUUUGUGUACAUUUCGUUAAGAGACGCUUUAGAGAAGCAAGGAGAGCAAGAAUUUCCGCUCACCACUGUGGAUAACGAGGGGCGCACUAUACCGAGUACAGCCCGAAUAUCCAUCUCAUUCGCCUAUCAUCCCCGCCCAGGCGUCUCCUCCCCAUUCCCCUUCCUCCCCUCCUCCUCCUCCGCCUCCUCUUCCUCCUCCUCCGCUCCCUCCUCCUCGUCCCGCGCAGCUUACGCGAAACCUGCCAGUAUCGCUGGCGGGAUGCUUAGUAAAGCGAUUGCGGCGGCGUUUUCCCGACGAGCAUCGGAAAAGGCAGCUGGCCGCGGAAGUGGGGCGGCCGUGGUGGCGGCAGUAGGAAGCACAAGCCCCCUUUCGUUCCUCAUGGAAAAGCAAGGGGUCCGAGACCCAGCCAAAAUGGAUUUGAUUCAGGCGCUAAGGGACGUGGCAGAGGUUGAUAGGCUGGUCGGCAGCAGCAGCAGCAAGAGAUUGCGGUCCAGGUCUGGCCCUCUGAGGAUGGGCGAUGCUGAGUCAGCAGGCCUUGCUGCUGAGUCAGCAGGCCCUGCUGCUGAGUCAGUGGGCCCUGUUGCUGAAUCAGCAGGCCUUGCUGCUGAAUCAGCAGCCACUGCUGGGUCAGCAGGCUCAGACACGUCAUCAGUGGUGGAAGCAGUUGCUGCGGGUGGUGCUGCUGCAUCUGCUAGUGCAGGUUCGGGGUCCGAGCCUGGAGGCCCAGGGCAACGCAGGCUGAGAUACCGAGCCAGGUCUGGGCCUCUGCAUGGUUCGGCAGGUGGCUCGGGCGGGCGUGGGGCAAGCAGGGCGGGAGGUUCGGGAAGGCUGCUGAGCAGUAGCGGGGAACUCUAUAAGGAGGCAAAGGGAGCGGAGGGCGAUAGAAGGCAAGAAUCUUGGACAGGCGAAUUGGGCAAACGGAUUGGCGGGUUCGGGGAAUGGACUGGCAGAGGGAUGGGGGAAGGGAUUGGUGAAGGGGUGGGCGAAAGGAUUGGUGACGGGGUGGGCGAAAGGAUUGGUGAAGGGGUGGGCGAAAGGAUUGGAGUAACUGGAAGGUGGUCGGGAGGGUCUGGUAGGGGCAGCACGGAGCUCACCGCAGCAGCAGCAGCAGCAGCAGCAGCAGCAGCAGCAGCAGCAGCAGCAGCAGCAGCAGCAGCAGCAGCAGCAGCAGCAGCAGCAGCAGCAGCAGCAGCAGCAGCAGCAGCAGCAGCAGCAGCAGCAGCAGCAGCAGCAGCAGCAGCAGCAGCAGCAGCAGCAGCAGCAGCAGCAGCAGCAGCAGCAGCAGCAGCAGCAGCAGCAGCAGCAGCAGCAGCAGCAGCAGCAGCAGCAGCAGCAGCAGCAGCAGCAGCAGCAGCAGCAGCAGCAGCAGCAGCAGCAGCAGCAGCAGCAGCAGCAGCAGCAGCAGCAGCAGCAGCAGCAGCAGCAGCAGCAGCAGCAGCAGCAGCAGCAGCAGCAGCAGCAGCAGCAGCAGCAGCAGCAGCAGCAGCAGCAGCAGCAGCAGCAGCAGCAGCAGCAGCAGCAGCAGCAGCAGCAGCAGCAGCAGCAGCAGCAGCAGCAGCAGCAGCAGCAGCAGCAGCAGCAGCAGCAGCAGCAGCAGCAGCAGCAGCAGCAGCAGCAGCAGCAGCAGCAGCAGCAGCAGCAGCAGCAGCAGCAGCAGCAGCAGCAGCAGCAGCAGCAGCAGCAGCAGCAGCAGCAUGCAGCAGCAACAGCAGCACCAGCACCAGCACCAGCAGCAGCACCCAGAUAUGUGCUCCGAGAGAGAGUAUGGGACGAUGGAGCGCAUCCGGCGGCGCGACGACCCGAGCCUUGGCGGUCGACGCGCAACUCGAGGGAGCGGCAGCGCCGGCGGCGGAGGCGACGGAGAGGCCAGUGAUGCUUGAAGUUAAGGGCCUGAAAGCCAUUAUUGCUGAAUCCGGAAAAGAAAUUCUCCAUGGCGUCAACCUCUGCAUUCGUGAAGGCGAGGUGCAUGCGAUCAUGGGGAAGAAUGGCUCCGGGAAGAGCACUCUCUCCAAGGUGCUGGUGGGGCACCCGGACUAUGAGAUCACCGGUGGCUCUGUCACUUAUCGCGGGGAGGAUCUGUUGGAACUGGAGCCCGAGGAGCGCAGCCACGCGGGCGUGUUUCUGUCCUUCCAGUCGCCCGUGGAGCUGCCCGGAGUGAACAAUGUGGACUUCCUGCGCCUCUCGUGCAACGCUCGCCGGGCAGCUAAAGGGCUGCCCGAAAUGGAGCCUCUCGAGUUCUACGGCUUUCUCAGUCCAAAGCUGGAAGAACUCAACAUGGACCUCAAGUACCUGCAGCGCAACGUGAACGAGGGCUUCAGCGGCGGCGAGAAGAAGCGCAAUGAGAUCCUCCAGCUCGCCGUGUUGGACGCUGAGCUGGCGAUUCUGGAUGAGAUCGACUCGGGGCUGGACGUGGACGCGCUCAGGGACGUGGCUACGGCUGUCAACUCUCUUAAGAGGCCGGAGAAGGCUGUGUUGAUGAUCACCCACUACCAGCGACUUCUGGACUACAUCAAGCCGGAUUACAUCCACAUCAUGGAGCAAGGCCGCAUUGUGUUGACUGGUGAUGCGUCUCUGGCAUCACAGCUCGAGGAGAAGGGCUAUGCAGGCAUUCAGAGCUAG